AUGGUCUCUUCCACCAUUCUCAAGAGGCUCGAGAUCAAGCACAAGGACGGCGAGGAGAACCCGUCCGCCUGGGUGAACCGCGACAUCGUGCCCCUCCCGCCCUCGCGCCGCACCUGGGGCGCCUGGUCCUUCGUUGGCUACUGGGUCCUCACCGGCUUCAACAUCUCUGGCUGGACGACCGCGUCCAGCCUGCUCGGCCUCGGCCUCUCCGUCUGGCAGGCCAUGGUCUCCGUCAUCAUCGGCAACCUCAUCGUCGCCGUCGCCGUCGUCGCCACCGGCUUCGUCGGCGCGGAGUGGCACGUCGGCUUCCCGAUCUACAACCGCUUCACCUGGGGCGUGUUCGGGAGCUUCUUCCCCCUCAUGAUGCGCAUCAUGUUGUCGAUUGUGUGGUACGGUGUGCAGCUUGUCUUCGGUGGUCGCAGUCUCAAGGUUGUCAUUGGCGCCAUCUGGCCCAGCUUUUACACCUUGAAGAACACCCUCCCCGGCAGUGCAGGGAUUGAGACCAACGACCUCGUUGCCAUCCUCAUCUUUGCCUUUAUCUCCCUCCCUCUGCUCGCCGUACCCCCAGAGCAUUUCCGCAAGCCCUUCCUCUUCGGCUCGGUCAUCAUGACGAUCAUGGUCUUCGUAUUCUUCAUCUGGGCUCUCGUUACGCAAGGCGGCGGAGGCCCCCUCCUCGACGACCCCUCCGCGCUCUCUGGAGUCGACCCGAUCACGAACAGCACUCGACUCGGUUGGGCCAUCGCUUACGGUAUCUCCUCCACCAUCGGCGGCAUCUGCGCCGGCAUCCUCAACCAGAGCGACUACACCCGCUUCGCGUCCUACCCGCGCGCGCAGAUCGUCUCCCAGCUCGUCAUCGUCCCCGUCAGCUCCGUCAUCAUCGCCGUCAUCGGCCUCAUCGUCACCUCGUGUGCCGCCGGUCUCUACCCCGAGGAAGGUCUCCUUUGGGAGCCGUACGAGCUCCUCGAGGUCAUCCAGAGGAACGGAGGCUCCCGCUCGCGCGUCGCGUGCUUCUUUGCCGGCUGCGUGUUCGUUAUGUCGCAGUUCGGUAUCAACAUCCCCGGCAACGCCAUCUCGGGUGGCAUCGAUAUGUCGGGUCUCCUCCCCAAGUACCUCAACAUCAAGCGUGGUGCUGUUGUCACCGCCCUCCUCGGUCUCGCUAUCUGCCCCUGGAAGCUCCUUGGCGGAUCCAGCACCUUCCUCACCGUGCUCAGUUCCUUUGCUGUCUUCCUUGGCCCCCUUACUGGCGUCAUGGUCUCCGACUACCUCGUCAUCCGCAAGAGCAAGCUCCGCCUCACGCACCUCUACAUGCCCAACCCGAACUCCAUCUACUACUUCACCUCCGGCGUCAACUUCCGCGCCGUCGUCUCCUGGGUAUUCGGCGUCUGGCCACUCAUGCCCGGCUUCAUCAACGCCGUCUCCCCGAGCCCGAUCGGCGUCGCGCAGGGCUGGACGUACAUGUACGACCUCGCGUGGCCGCUCGGCUUCGUCCUCUCCGCCGUCGUGCACAUCGCGCUCUCCAAGGCGUUCCCCCCGACCGGGCUCGGCGAGGUCGACGACGAGGACGUGUUCGGCACGUUCACCGAGCUCCCUGGGGGCGUCUACGACCACGGCGCGGGCGCGAGCGAGUCCGGCAGCGUCGACGUCAAGGACGCGAAGGUCGCGGUCAUGUAA